UGCGGUACGACAGGGGCGGGGCCGAGGCCGUAAAGCAGCGUCCCGGGACCAAGUGGAUGAGGACGUGAGAAAGGCAUCGGUUGAGGUUCUUGGCUGUGCAGGUUAUGGCUGGUCCCGUGAAGGGUAGUGGGGCCAGGGCUCUGGACUUGGUCCGAGCCCUGCCCCGUGUGAGUCUUGCCAACUUAAAGCCGAAUCCAGGUUCGAGGAAACUGGAAAGACGACGAAGAGGUCGGAGAAGAGGUAGAAAAUGUGGCAGAGGCCAUAAAGGAGAACGGCAGAGGGGAACCCGGCCCCGGCUGGGCUUCGAGGGAGGUCAGACCCCAUUUUACAUCCGAAUCCCCAAAUACGGGUUUAAUGAAGGACAUAGCUUCAGACGCCAGUAUCAGCCUUUGAGUCUCAACAGACUGCAGUAUCUUAUUGAUUUGGGUCGAGUUGAUCCCACUCAACCUAUUGACUUAACCCAGCUCGUCAAUGGCAGAGGUGUGACUAUUCAGCCACUUAAAAGGGAUUAUGGUGUCCAGUUAGUAGAAGAGGGUGCUGACACCUUUAAAGCAAAAGUUAAUAUUGAAGUACAGUUGGCUUCAGAACUAGCCAUUGCUGCAAUAGAAAAAAAUGGUGGUGUUGUUACUACAGCCUUCUAUGAUCCAAGAAGCCUGGAAAUUCUGUGCAAACCUGUUCCAUUCUUCCUGCGGGGACAACCCAUUCCAAAAAGAAUGCUUCCACCUGAAGCCCUGGUCCCGUAUUACACUGAUGCAAAGAAUCGUGGUUACCUGGCGGAUCCUGCCAAAUUUCCUGAAGCAAGACUUGAACUUGCCAAGAAGUACGGUUAUAUUUUGCCUGAUAUCACUAAAGAUGAACUCUUCAAAAUGCUUAGUACUCGAAAGGAUCCAAGGCAGAUUUUCUUUGGUCUUGCUCCUGGAUGGGUGGUGAAUAUGGCAGAUAAGAAAAUCCUAAAACCUACUGAUGAGAAUCUGCUCAAGUAUUAUAGCUCAUGAAUUCUCUUCCAAUAAAGCAGAAUUGUAAGAGAAUACUGGAAAAGGAAAUGAAACAUACAUAUUUCUCAUUGCAUUUUCUUAAUUUGUAAUUCUCCAGAUGCCUUUUAAAAAAAUGUUUUUGGUGUAAUCAUAUCUUUUUUCUGUUUUAAUCUAAAAUAAAAAUUAAAAUGCAGUAAGCAAGGACUGAACUCAAACUGCGUGGGUUCUGUCAAGGAUACAGACUCACUGGUGGUGUGCCAAAGGAAAAUUAUAACAUGUAGAAUAUUUCUAGCCCUGACUAGUGUGACUCAGUGGAUUCAGUGCUGGCCUGCAAAUGAAAAAUGUCACCGGUUUGAUUCCCUGUCAGUGCAUUUGCCUGGUUGCGGGCCAGGUCCCCAGUUGGGGGCGUGCGGGAGGCAAUUGAUCUAUGAUGCAUCUCUCACACAUUGAUAUUUCCCUCUCUCCGUCCCUUCCUGUCUCUCUAAAAAUAAAUAAAAUAUUUAAAAAAAAAAAAAUAAAGACUUAAUUAAACAAAUAUGUAUUUCUAGCAGAUUUUUUUUUACGACCUUUUCAUCCAGGUCUUGUCAUUGUUGCAAAUUAGAUUGAAUGGGUAAGUGGGAUGGGAUUGAUUUGCAGGCCUGCUCAGUCAAGGUUAGACCAUUGCUAGUGAGCUGGUGCCCUCUCUUAAUCAGUAGCUUCAAGGAAGCCCCGCUAACCAGUGUUCAGACAGUAAGCCUCCAACUCAAGGAGGUUAAGAUGUGGAAUGUGAGUUUAAGGUUUAAGACUGGUGGUGAGUGGCUUCUAAGUAGUAUGGUAUUUGCUACAAAUUGAAACAAAAAUUUCAAGUGAAUUUUCUCAACACUGAUGCAUAUUUAUUGUGAACAAGCCGCUAAUUAAUUUCUGGAAGAAAAUGUUCUAAUUCUUACUAAUAUAUAUUUACUUUUUUCAUAGAUAUUAGAGACCUUAGUCUUCCCGUCAUUUUAAAUGGUGUUGAGAAAUUGUUCAGUCAGUAUAUAAGCUGUAAAAACAAUUGGUAAUCUGAAAAUUAAACACAAUUUAAUAUAAAAGAUUCAGCAGUCAGUAAGCUUAUUUAGAUUUUCAAAGAUCUAUCUACCACAGCAUGAAUGAAAUGAUUCUCAGCUAUGUGUUUUCUUAAAAUAAAUUAAAAAACCUAAAUGGUGCAAAAUUUUGUUUUGUUAGCUUAUUUACCUCAUAUACUGCUGACCUGAAAUUCAGUUUGUAAUUUAUAUACCAAGAGUAUAUUUCAAUUUUUAUUCAGGAUUAUAUAGUUUGGCUUUUAUUAAACCAUUCCUUAAUACCAGAACUUAGGAGAAUCUAUUAGGGUCUUCUUCUGUGAUAGUCACCUAGGAAUUUCAGAGGACAGGCAAAAAUUUAAAAGUGUGUUUUUAUUUUAUUUAUUUCAGAUACCCAAGUGACAGAGUUGGGGUGUUAGGAUUGGUUUUAGCUCUAUUAAUAGGAAGCCCAAAUCACAGUUGCUAGAAUGAGAUAAGUUUAUUUUUCUCAGACAGUUCCAAGAUCAGUGCAGGGCUGAUUGCUCUCUCUGCCCCACAAAGUCACAGAGACUGGCUUCUUGUUUAGCUCUUUCUUCUCUAGAGUGAAAUGGGCAACUUCAUAAUCCAAACUGAGAUCAACAAGGAGUCAGCUUUUCCUAAGGAAGAUUCAGAAAAACUGCUACCCAAAACAUGCGGAAACCCCACUAGCCAGAACUUGGAUACAAUCCUCUUCUGCAAAGGGGCCUGGAGUCUUGUCUUUGGUAGCUUAUAUUCUUAGCUUAAAAAUUCUGUUACAGUGGGUGAAUAAGAGAGGAUAUAUUGGAUAACCAACAUGGGAAUUGACAACUAUUUUGUUAUUGACUAUAUUUCAGCCUUUAGGUUAAUUGACUUAGAGUAGACAAACAUCAGAAAAAAAUGCAGAAUUCUUUAAUUUUAUGUUUAGUAUAUUCACCAUUCUGGAAUGCUGAGUUCAGUAAGUUAUGAAAGUCAGUAAGGUGGUUAAUUCAUCAAUUUUAUUGAGUAAAAUGUUUUUGAAGAUUGAUGACAUAGCUCCAGAAACCAUCUGAGAAGAAUCACUUUUACCUGUGCCUGCUUUUUCUAAACAUUCUGUCAAGAAAGCCAUCUUAACACUCCCGAUGUUAAGUAUCUCGAAAGUUAUAUUCGAAUAUAGUAUAUGGAGGAAAAGAGAUAGAUUGCAAAGAAAAAUGCCAAGAUACAAAGCAAUUUUUUGACGAUUAUAAUAAGCCACUAAGUGUUAGGAAUAUAAUACAUUUUCUUUUUUUAAAAAUCACUGCUGGGGAAGUAAUAAAAGUACUCAAAAGUAAUUCAUGUUCUGAAAUUAUGUAGUAGUGAAGUAUAAAUAAAUAAAAAUAAUAAAUAAAAGGUAAAA